CAGCCAGCCGGGAGGAAGAGGAGGAGCCGCUGACACCACCCCAGUCGCGAAGGUUUCGGUUUCCCAGCAUCUGUUUUGCGCGUUUGUUUCCGAGGCGAGGACAGCAGCGCAGCAGCAUCCAAGCGGUCUCCGGGCGGCGAAGGGAAGAGCCAACGGCUGGCAACGGACGGCUUCAGCCAUGGACAGUUCCCCACAUCUGGAUGAAUCACAGCUAAGGAACCUGAAGGCCCGAUAUGAAGCCCAGAACAACAGCAGUGUUGCCUCCCAAAUCCAGGCAUUGGUGGACUGCGUGAACACCCUCAAGAUCCAGGUUGGGAUCCUGGGAGAGCGUGGCGCAGGGGUGAGCACCUUGGUUCAGGCUCUGCUGGACAAGCCCCGUCCGGUGACAGAUCCAUGGGCUUAUUUCCGAUGGCCCCGGCAGGCCAUGAAACAGCCAGUUGCCCACGCCCACCCCACAUACCCCAACCUCACCCUGUACGAACUGCCAGGCUUUGAGGUGUCUGAGGAACCGGCCGCCUACCUCAAACGCUUGGGCGACCUGAGCAAAUUCAGCUGCUUUGUGCUGGUUAUCGGGGGUGCAGGCUUGAGAGACGCCCACCUGCAGGUCCUUAAGGCCAUCAAACGAAAGGGGAAAGGGUUCUUCCUGGUGCGCACCAAGGUGGACUUGGACCUCCAUACAGCCGAGAGGCGGCGCCGGUCCAGAUACAACCCAACUGAGCAACUGGGGCUGAUCCGGAAGGAUCUGGCAGACACGUUGUCCAAGAAUGGGAUGGACCCCAAGAAAGUUUUCCUGGUGUCAGGAGUGGUGAAGGAGAGAUACGAGUUUGCUUACUUUGAAGACAGCCUGGAAAAGGAAGUGCUCAAUUUGAAGAGAACCCAUGAUGGAAAUCUGGAAGACGUGGAAGCGGUGAGCCAGAGGACGAUCAAGAUGCUGUACAAGAUUUGCCAGUCUGGUAGUUUGUCAGAUGUCCCAGCUGUAAUCCAUUCAGCCUUGGAGAACCCCACACAAAUCCAGCUGAACGUCGCUGUGAUAGGCGAAGCUGGCUCAGGGAAGUCCGCGCUGGUCAAUGCUCUGAGAGGAGUGGGCUGUGGGGAGCGGGGCGCAGCCCCCACCGGAGUGACCGAGACAACAAGGAAAGCCAUGGCCUACCUGCUCCCAGUUGUCCCCAACUUGUACCUUUGGGAUCUGCCGGGCGUGGGACUGACGGAGGAAGACCUGAGCCAUCUGGAUCUCAGCCGCUAUGACUUUUUCCUGCUGCUGGCCUCUGAGCGCUAUAAGCACACCCACAGCUGCCUGGCCAGAGCCAUUACCUCAGCGGGGAAGCAGGUCUUCUUCGUGAGGAGCAAAAUAGAUGUAGAUGUGGAGGCCCGGCCUGGAAGCCAUCCCGUCCCAAAAGAGGUGGUGCAGGAAAAGGUGCGGAAGAGCUGUGAGGAAGCCCUGAAGAAGGACGGCGUAGACUGUCCAAAGGUCUUCCUGGUCUCCUGUCUUAAGUCUGACGCAUAUGAUCUGCCACUCCUCCAGGAAGCCCUCAGGAAUAGUGCUCCUGACUUGAAGAGGAAAGCUCUGAGGAGAGCUGUCCCAACCGUCCUGUCCCGGCUGGUAAGACGGAAGGCCAGAGUGCUGAUGCGAGACGUGUGGGGGAAGGCCCUGAACAAUUGCCUCUACUUUGUGGAAAAUUCCCAGCCGGCUGUGGCUGGGAACCUCAUAUCCACCAUCGCCGUCUUCUGCAUACACUUUGGCCUGGACGAAGCAUCCUUGCAGCGUACUGCGCAGGCUUCCAGCAAAACCUCUUGGCUGCUUCAGGCAGCAAUCCAGAGCCCCUUUGCUAAACCACUGAACACGGCAUAUGUGCUCAGCCUCAUCACCAAGCCACCCUCACUGACCAGCUGGGUGUGGAGCUACGUGCCCUACUUGGGACGGGGUGCCAAGGUGGAGCCCGAGAUCUCCUUCGAGUCCACCUAUGGAAUGUUGCAGCGAGUCGUCGUGGAACUAUCCGAGGACGCAGAGCGGGUACUGUUGAUGGCCAUCAUGGAGUAGAAGAUCUGGGUCGGAAUGGACUGGGGAGGGCAGGAUAUUAACAGCAGUGUUCCACGCCUCCCUUCACAAUGUCAGCUGUCAAAAUAGAAAACCAGAGCAGAACCAUCCCCAAGGACAAGAUGCGCCAAGAUCAAGGAUCUCCAAAGACAGUGCCAUGCAGUGACGUUAAGAUAGUUGUUUUAAAUGGGAGGAUCCAACCACCUUGGUUGUAUAUGCUACCCUGACCCUUUGAUCCCAAGACUUGCAGAGAACAUGGAUGUAGAAACAGAGACCUAGUUUUUGCUGAGAUAGGAAGCUAGUGACUCGUUUGUAUCACUUCAGGGAGUGGGACUAGGGGGUUGUCUCAUGAGUCACUGUUCGAUAUAAAACAAUGUCCUCCACAUUUUAAAAAAACUAGCUGGGGAGUUGGCUAUACUAGUUUCCUGUUAUCCUAGUCUUCUGUGGGCAUGGAGGGGUAUUUUGGGGGGGGGGUCAGGUGAACAGUCAGUCAUGUGUACCUCCACCUGAAGUGGUACAGACCUCCCCAACUUUACCACUUGCCAUUUUAAAAGAUGCAGAGCUAAAACUGGUAACAUAAAUCCACUUUUAACUCAACUUACUCAUAGUUAAGCAGGGAGGGGGAUGCUUUUGUUUGCUGCUUAGGGUGGAUCAAUGUCUGUUUGCAGCACUUACAGAUCCAUUGUGUACACACUUGUCGGCCCUGAAAGCGUUCCCCUGUGUGCGUGCAGGUUGUGGCUUUAGGACUGUAACGAAUGGAAGAGAGGCAGAUUGUCCAAGUGCUCCUUGAAGCACAAGUAAAAAAAAAGUAGGCAGAAAUUCUGCAUGUUGUAACCACAGACACGGGCAGAACUGGGUCACUGUGACCUCCCUUGCACCUUUGCUUGCAUUUUGUUUUAGUCUUCAAUUGCUAAUUAUCUGAACUUGCUGUUUUGAUCAACUUAUUUGCAGCGGAAGCUGGGUCUAUUAGAGCAAAUGGGGCACUGCCCCACUAAUGUCAGUGUGCUGUCAGGCAGCUCCCGCCUGCUUGCUUUCUUAGUUACAACCAGACCACAGGGUGGCCCUGGUAGUAGGCUUCCUCCUCCUUAGUCUCAGUGAACUCAGCAGGGAGGAAGAUGAGGGCAAAAUCAGAAUUAGUUCGCUCUGCCUGUCAUUGGCUCUGAUUCUGCCGGCUGUUGGUCUCCCUGCCUUCUACCCCACCAGUCCCAAUGAGCACCAGCUGCCACUGCUCACAUGUGAAUUCGAGAGCCCUCAUAAGACCAACUUUUGACUGCUCACUCUGGCUGAGAGUAACUAAAAAAAACUUCAAAAGUAAGUCACCUUAGGAGAACUUCUUGAUCUGAAAGGCAACCCCUAGUUUUACAAAUAAAGUGUCUUUGUAAAAAAAAUCACAACCCAACUCUUGGGCCUUGCUUGACUUUGAAUGGUGAGCAGGCAGAGAUCCGUCAUCCACCAAUUUGGAAGGUCACCUUCUUUUUGAAAACAGUUUGCCAGGCAAUGUGGAGGGACUAAAGUCCAACCCGUUUGUUUGCGCAAAACUAGAUGUGUUAUCGUUCUUUUUGGAUCCUGGCCUCUGCAUACAGAAAGAUUGAUGCAUUCUCUUCUUUUGUAUCACUGAACACUAAAGUCAGGAUCAUUCAGACCACGGUAUUCCCAAUCUGUAUGGAUGUGAAAGUUGGACAGUGAAAAAAGCAGAUAAGAGAAAAAUCAACUAAUUUGAAAUGAGGUGUUGGAGGAGAGCUUUGUGGAUACCAUGGACUGCAAAAAAGACCAAUAAUUGGGUGUCAGAACAAAUUAAACCAGACCUAUCACUAGAAGCUAAAAUGAUGAAACUGAGGUUAUCAUACUUUGGACACGAGAAGACAUGAUUCAUUAGAAAAGACAAUGAUGCUGGGAAAAACAGAAGGGACUGAUUCCAUAAAGGAAGCCACAGACCUGAACUUACAAGAUCUGAACAGGGUGGUUCACGACAGAUGUUGUUGGAGGUUGCUGAUUCAUAGGGUCGCCAUAAGUUGUGAUCGACUUGAAGGCACAUAACAACUUCUUUUGCAGAAGUUCUGUUUAAAGGAACAAGAGUGCCACUCAGCCUGCAUUGGGAAUAGGGCCUCUGAGGCUUCAUGAUGUUCUGUCUAUCUUUUUGUUUUUUAAGAGCAAACAUGUAUCUUGAAGUUGUUGACAAGCACAGGAGAGAAUGAGUCAUCAGCUGUUUGUCAUCGCUGGCUUGUUCAGUUAGUUGUAAGUAGCGCUACAAACACCUGGUGCCAUAUUGCUUGCUCAGUAAUAGGCUGCUGCUGCUGCUGGGGUGCAGCCAAAACAGCUGUUCAUUCACAAAUCUCUUACCCAGCACUUAACACAGCUGCAUUCACAGCUCCCUGAUCAAGGCAAGAACUGUUGUUUAUGUGGCAUCGCUUGCAGUUUCGUAUCUGGAAAAUAAAGUUGUAAAAUAG